AUGCAGAAACAUUUCAAACUAUCACGAAGUACACUCCGGGAGUUGUUAGCUGCAAAGGAACGGGAUCGAAUUUCUUUGCAGACCGACCUCAUGCAGGCGAUGUCAAUAAUGAACCAACUCUCUUCCCCACUCAACGAUCCGAAUGUAGUCGAGAGCAGGCGUCGAGCAGCUGUGAAAACAGUGAGAAUUUUAGAGAAAGAAGGGCUUCCCUGCGCCAUUUUCGGAAGCAUGGCGUGCAAGUUGUACGGUAAUGAACGGGGUCCCUACGACGUUGAUAUUCUGGUCCUCCCACCUCCAUCCCGGCACGAUGUGACACUGAGUGAUAUAAAAAAUAUCAUCAUCGCCGCUUCGCCUGAAGAAUUCGGAUAUCUCGGGCCAUCGUCAAAUGACAUUGACGCCCGUCGUCCUUUGUAUUUUCAAGCGAAGAUCAGAAUCGAUGUUGUGCUGCCAGGCAUGAUGAAUUUGCCGGCGCUCCUUCCAGCGCAGAUUAAAUGGACGACUGGGUCCGAAAGCACACGCUUACCAGUACUCCCGUUUGAUCUUUUAUUGUUCCAGAAACUUCAGGCAUGGGAUGACCACCGUAAUGCGCGAGGCGGAAAGUUUAGCCACCGAAUCUCAAAUGAUGUCAAGGAUAUACAGUGGAUGUUACGCGAGGGCGUGCCAAAGUAUAUGAAAGAUUGGAAAGUCGUUGGACACGACAAAUGGAACAACAGGUCGUUAUUCUCGGAGGGAUUUGAAAGAUUGACGAAAGAGAGGGUGACAGCGUUUUGUGCAGAUUAUUGGUAUGAUAAGCCCCUGUGGAGGGCGAUAGGCUUUCGAACUUCGCGGGUAUGA